GGUAAAGGGGCCGCCCGAGCGCGGUCCGAGCCAUCUACUGCUGCCGGCCACCCGGCCCUCCCGACUCGCCGCCCGCCCCUUCCCCGCCCGCCGCCGUCACCAGGGAAACGGGCCGCGACCGCCCGCCGACCCCAAGCUGGUUUCAUGGCAGCCGCGAAGAAAGCAGUUUUGGGGCCGUUGGUGGGAGCAGUGGACCAGGGCACCAGCUCGACGCGCUUUUUGGUUUUCAAUUCAAAAACAGCCGAACUACUUAGUCAUCAUCAAGUGGAAAUAAAACAAGAGUUUCCAAGAGAAGGAUGGGUGGAGCAGGACCCUAAGGAAAUUCUGCAUUCUGUCUAUGAGUGUAUAGAGAAAACGUGUGAGAAACUUGGACAGCUCAAUAUUGAUAUUUCCAACAUAAAAGCUAUUGGUGUCAGUAACCAGAGGGAAACCACUGUAGUCUGGGACAAGUUAACUGGAGAGCCUCUCUACAAUGCUGUGGCUGCUCCAGUUUCUCCUGGCCCUUCAGAUCCAGUUGCCGUUGUUGCCUCUGGCUCUUCAGUUCCAGCUGCUGGCGCUUCCUCAGUGUGGCUUGACCUAAGAACCCAGUCUACCGUUGAGAGUCUUAGUAAAAGAAUUCCAGGAAAUAAUAACUUUGUCAAGUCCAAGACAGGCCUUCCACUUAGCACUUAUUUCAGUGCAGUGAAACUUCGUUGGCUCCUUGACAAUGUGAGAAAAGUUCAAAAGGCAGUUGAAGAAGAUAGAGCUCUUUUUGGGACCGUUGAUUCAUGGCUUAUUUGGAGCUUGACAGGAGGAGCCAGUGGAGGUGUCCAUUGUACAGAUGUAACAAAUGCAAGCAGGACGAUGCUUUUCAACAUCCAUUCUUUGGAAUGGGAUAAAGAGCUCUGCGAAUUUUUUGAAAUUCCAAUGAAAAUUCUUCCAAACGUCCGGAGUUCUUCUGAGAUCUAUGGCCUAAUGAAAAUCUCUCAUAGUCUGAAAGCUGGGGCCUUGGAAGGUGUACCAAUAUCUGGGUGUUUGGGGGACCAAUCUGCUGCAUUGGUGGGACAAAUGUGCUUCCAGGAUGGACAAGCCAAAAACACGUAUGGAACAGGCUGUUUCUUACUCUGUAAUACAGGCCGUAAGUGUGUAUUUUCUGAACAUGGCCUUCUGACCACGGUGGCUUACAAACUCGGCAGAGACAAACCAGUGUAUUAUGCGUUAGAAGGUUCCGUAGCUAUAGCCGGCGCUGUUAUUCGCUGGCUAAGGGACAAUCUUGGAAUUAUAAAGACCUCUGAGGAAAUUGAAAAACUUGCUAAAGAAGUAGGUACUUCUUAUGGCUGCUAUUUCGUCCCAGCAUUUUCAGGGCUAUAUGCACCUUAUUGGGAGCCCAGUGCAAGAGGGAUCAUCUGUGGGCUCACUCAGUUCACCAAUAAAUGCCAUAUUGCUUUUGCUGCAUUAGAAGCUGUUUGUUUCCAAACUCGAGAGAUUUUAGACGCCAUGAACCGCGACUGUGGAAUUCCUCUCAGCCAUUUGCAGGUAGACGGAGGAAUGACCAACAAUAAAAUUCUGAUGCAGCUACAAGCAGACAUUCUGUAUAUCCCAGUAGUGAAGCCCUCGAUGCCCGAAACAACUGCCCUGGGAGCUGCCAUGGCAGCAGGGGCUGCAGAAGGGGUUGGCGUUUGGAGUCUGGAACCUGAGGACUUGUCAGCUGUCACAAUGGAGCGGUUUGAACCUCAGAUCAACGCUGAGGAAAGUGAAAUUCGUUAUUCUACAUGGAAGAAAGCUGUGAUGAAGUCAAUGGGUUGGGUUACAACUCAGUCUUCAGAAAGUGGUGACCCUAGUAUCUUCUGUAGUCUACCCUUGGGCUUUUUUAUAGUGAGUAGCAUGGUAAUGUUAAUCGGAGCAAGGUACCUCUCAGGUAUGCCAUAAAUACUACCAACUCAUGGAUUCCAAAGAUGCGAGCUCUUUACCUAUCGAGAGAAUCCAGUGAUUCUGUCUCUUAAUGUGAUGACACUACUCUUAGACUCUGAUUUUAUUUAUAAGCCACUAGCUGCAUGACCCUCCAAGUAGACCUUGAAAUAAAGAAAAUGCAGCAGAAAGAA